AUGCUAUCAAAAUUAAGAGCUUGUAAGGCUUGCCAAGAUUGGAAGCCACCUAGAGAUGCCCCAAAAAGUGUAAACUUCCAUGAGGAGUACCACAAGGCUCUAAGGACAAAAUCCUACGUUGAUUUCUUUGACAAAGCUCAAUUACUUGCAAACCAGCCUUCUAUUUAUUCCAAUCACAAUAAAUUCUCAGAAAUCCUCCUUGAACCAGGCCAAGAAACUAUACAUUCCGUUAUUGAUCAUAUUUCAAAGACACCAGAACUAAACAAUCUCAUGCUCAGUUACUUUGACAUCAGUGCUGAGGCUUCUUUCAUUUGCAGCCAUCUUCUCCAAAGCAUCAACCAAGUCCAGUGCAAUUACCAAUUCAUUGAAAGAGCUCUAGGUAUCAUGGAUGAUGAUGAUUCUCUUGAAAAAUUCAAACUAAUCAGUUUUGAGCUAAACUCAUUCAUCUUCUCAAAAAACCCACUUUCAAACCUUAACAUUAAUCAUGACUUAUUCAAGCUCAUUAGUGAUGAGAACUCAUCAGUGUUGUUGCAUCGUUUGAAAUCAAUGAGAAAGAAGUUGGGAAGGAAAGUUAAGCUAAUGACAUAUUUGAAGAAAACAUCAGAAAUUUGUGUUGCAAUGUAUGACUUAGUGGCUAUCACUGCCAAUGUUACAGAAGCACAUACUUUAAGCACACUAAUCAUGGGGCCAACAAUUCUCAACUUUCCAUGCAAGAGUCUUAAUAAGAGAGAGCUUCCACACUUGAGGUUUUCAAGAAGAAUGUUUCUUAGUAAUGUUUGUGAUCAGCUUGAUAUAGCAGCCAAGGGAACUUAUAUAUUGAAUAAAGACUUUGAUACAAUGACUAGAGUUGUGGCUCGGCUUUAUGAUGAAAUUGAACAUAAAAGGACAAUGGUGCAAUUCUUUUUGGACAAGAAGGAUGAUAAAUUCUCUUUGCAAAUGGUGAAGGAGCUUAAGAAAAGUGGUGAUGGGUUUAGGAAACAAGUGGAAGAACUUAAAGAGCAUGUGUACUUGUGCCUUGUGACAAUUAACCGAGCAAGAUGUUUGGUUACUGAGGAAAUGACAAAAAUGUGUACAGAAGGCAUUGGAGUGUAG